GUAAAAGCUUUCACCGUUCAAGUGGCAAGACCGUUAACUUCCCAAACAUGAAGAUGAGCCUCGUUAUUUGCUUUGCUCUGUCGGUCGGUAUUCUCUCUAAUGAGCUCCAUGUGUUGGGCCCCUCUGGUCCUCUGGCUAUCCAACCUGGAGGCUCGGUGAUGCUGCUCUGUUAUGUUCAAACUCCCAUACCAGUGGAAGAGCUGGAAGUGGAGUGGAGAAGAACAGACUCUGAAACUGUAGUGCAUUUGUUCCAAGAUGGAAAGAGUCAGCCAGAGUCUCAGGACCAGGCUUACCGUGAUAGGGCAAAUUUCUUUACUGAGGAGAUCAGCCAUGGAAACUUCUCACUCUUACUUAAAGAUGUGACCACUAAGGAUACAGGAGUCUACAAGUGUGUUGUUUACAAAAACCAGGAAUAUAAUGAAACUUUGAUUGAAGUAAAGAUAAGUGGUUACUCUGCCAUCCACAAAUUGGAGUUGUUUCUCUGUGCUUUUGUUUGUUUAUGUGGAAUUUCUCUUCUACUUGCCUGCAUACCAUGGACUUGUAUAAAACUGGAUGAUAACCACAUGAUAAAAAUACAGCAUGCCCUCGUCUUUUGUCCAAACAUUGUUAUGUUUCUUGCCUUCAUCAUAUGGGGACAACUUGAUGGAUUUUUUAGUGAGAUAGCUGUUUGUUCAGCCAUUAAUCUCCUAAGGAUUGCUCAACUAUUAAAUUUUACUCCAUUUAUAGCCAAUUUUGAAGGGAAAGUCCAACAAAGAAUUAAAAUAUCAACUUCAUUAGAAUGUCCUGUGUUAUAUAUCGUUGUUUAUUCAGUGCUGAGGAGUUUUUGGCGUCUAGAAUAUGAAAUUGCGAUGAUUGCUAUUGGAAUAAUAACUCUGAGUCUCUUCAUAGGUUAUGUCUUCUUCACAUUGCUGCAAGAGAAAUUGCCUGAUGCCCUGUUCAGAGAUUUUCUCCGUCUGUUUGACAUCGGAUUAGGAGUAUUGUUUUCCAUAUGUUUCCUUUCAUUUUUUCUCAUUUAUUACUGGAAAAGAAAUGAUAAAGAUUUUAUGGGACUGAUCUUUGAUAUUGUACUUCUCUUCAUUGUGACUGUACUGGCAUUUGCAGAACUUGGCAUUACUGGUCGACAAAAGCCUCUGAGAAAACAACCACUAGUUCCGUUCUCUAGACUGUGUAUGUGUGGAGUAGCAGUUCUCUUUUUGGUGAACUCUUUAACACUAACAGCAGAGCUGAUCCUGUCAAUGCGAAAUGGUAAACGAACAAUUGAAGAUCUCCAAGUGAUUCUCCUUCCGUUUGAAUGGGUCUUUGCCUUAGGCUGCAUUAUUGCAAUGGCUGUGGUGGAGUACACAGGAAAAAAUGACUACCAGCAGGCUGAAGCUAAUGAGCUCCAGCAGAGCUCCUCUUCUGCUACCCAGUAGAAGACUGUGUCCUCUGUACCCUCGCAUCCCUCUACCACUGGAACAGGGUUUUCUCUUUUAAUACAAACAUUUUAAUUUGUCCUCUUUAUAAUAUAAUAAUCUUUAGUCUCUGCACUUCAUGUGUACAUAAACAUCCUGGACUGGAGAUUGAUACGCUUGAAUUCACAGAUUGUGCAGCAUCUAAACAAAUAAGAGCAGCGAGAAGGCUUGUCUUACACCAGUUACUGUAAUGUUAAUAGUUCUGUUCUGCAUCUUUUCUAUAGAUCUGUUUUACAGUUACUGUAAUGCUCAUGCUUCUGUUCUGCACCUUGUGGUGGGAAUGUUCCUGGACAGGUUAGAGAAACAAUAUAAUGAUUGCAGCAAUUGCUGUGCUAUGAAUUGACCCGGAGGCAAGGGUAAAAAAAAAGUAAAAUAAAGUUACUGCACAAAUUGUUCAAGAGGUUGAUUAACUAUAAAUGUUCCAUCUAUAUAUCUGUUUUACAGUUACUAUAAUGUUCAUAGUUCUGUUCUGCACCUUUUUUAUACAUUUAUGGAGUGUUUUAGUUUUUUCUCUGAUGUGUGUGUUUGGAAACACUUGUCCAAUACCAAAAUAAAUAUCAGCGAUUAGUUAACAUAAUAGGAACUGAGUAGUUGCCACAUACUCAGAUCCACCUUGACCCUGUCUUAUACAAACUUCAGUGUGUUAUCAAAGACUCUACACAUCUAUAACAGAUACACACUGUCCUGGUCUUCAAAAAAACUUUCUACACACCCCUUACAUCUGAAAUUUCAAAUCAGCCAACAGGACAGAAUCAAAACGACUAGCUAUGGGAAGACCUUCCUUGCUGCUGCUCUAUGUGAAUCAAAGUGUUUGGAUUUGGAACCCCAUUAUUGGCUCCCUCUUUGUUGGUUUUACACAUUGUAUAUUUAUUUGAAAUGGUUCUGUAUAUUUUGUGCAUUGGUGGGUGUGGGCAAGUGGGGGAAAUGUGU